AUGGCCAAGCAGUUGUGUACUCCAAACCAACUGAAGCAUGAAUUGGAGCUGAAGAAGUACCUGAAACCUUACACCUGCGAUGGCUGCAAGGAAAUAGGCUUUGGGCCUCGCUACCGAUGUGAGAAGUGUGAUUUUGAUCUUCACAAAGCUUGUAUGUUUCCACAAAACUCGCCAGUUUUUCAUGAAUUCUUUCCACGUUCCACCUUCAAGUUCUUAAAAACCCCACCAAGGGCCUGCCACGACGAAUGCAAACGGAUUUGCGACGCCUGCACAAAGCCUAUCAAUGGCUUUAUGUACCACUGCGAGAAAGAUCAGUUGGAUCUCCACCCCUGCUGUCGAAACCUCAACAGCAAAUACCAAAUUGAAGACGUGAAGUUCAAUCUCUACAAGGAAAUCCAGGGGAAGUGCAUGUGGUGCAAGAAGAAGACCAUCAAACGCCAUGGCCAAAGUAAUGGUUGGUCCUACAUAUCUGAGUGCGGGGAGUACCAUGUUCAUGUGGCUUGUGUUACUGAAAUGGCUUUAGAGGAAUGGUACAAGAACGGAGGAGGCUGGAUCAAUGCUAAUAAUGCCAAUCAGGACGAACAACUGGCUCUUCAGAAGGUUAAUCUGAAAGCAAUUAAAGCUCGAGGGCGUGGGAAUGGCGGAAAAGGGAACAAAUAUUGGAGAAUCCUAAAGGUUUUCAUCGAGACCAUUGUCAGUAUCGUUCUUGGAGAUCCCACUACAGUUCUGGCGUCUCUUUUCGUCGAGCUGAUUGCAUAA